GACCCCAACUCAAUCUGGGACCAUGCGUCACCCUCAAUGUCCUGAAUGUUCUGCAGCUCAACUACUGCAAUGGCAAUGGCCAGAUUGACCAGUCUCAGCAGAGUGAUAACAACUGCCAGAUCUCUGUUGGUGGAGUCUUCCAAAAUAUGACCAUCAGUAGUCAAACCCGUGUGGCAGUUUUUGAGCAAAGAAGCAACGAUUUGUCAUGGAAAACCAUCUGGAACUACAACACGGGCAUCAUUGCAACCAAAGUGAUGCAACAGAACACCUGCUACAUUUCCAUCAUGAACAAAAACGAGAUGCCCACCUUUGACGCCCUGUUCAGACUGGCCAGAGAGAACAGGAACCAGGUCGGUCUUGGAAGACCUACAAAGAAGAUCACCUUUGUGACCAAGGGAUUGGUCAGCAACCUCAACUCCUACGGAGCAGACAUCAUGGCCAUGUGCAGCGGACUCACCACCUACAUGACCUAUGAAGUUCAAGGACCCCAACUGAAUCUCAGAUCGUGUACUACACUUGACGUCAUGAAAGUUGUGGACCUGAAUUAUUGUCGUGGCAAUAUAAUGGCCUGAAAACUUUACCUGUCUUGAACCAAGUGUGGGGGUCUCCAGAGCUGCUGCCCAAA